AUGAGGCCCUGCAGGGCAGUGAGGGUGGAAGGCGUGGAGCGCGGGGAGGCCUGGCAGCAGCGGCCUGGGGGACUGACUGGAUCUGAGGCUGCCAGUGAGGGUCUGGGCUCAUCCCAAGCUUUGGAAUUCAGCCAGCGUCAGCCCCUGCUAUCUGCCAUCUCCAUCUAUCCAGCAGGGCCUCCUCCCAAGGACCCAGACAUCACCAAGGAGCAGUGGCCAAUCACUGUGGUCAAGGGACCUGGUAGCAGGGGCUCUGAGAAGAAGAACCUGGAAGGGAAACGUCCAGUGGCUUCUUGUCCCCAAAGGGCUGCGGACCUGAAGGUGGAUCAGCCCCACCAUCCCCAGCAGGUCCUUGGGGCUACACAUCACUUGGCAGCAGGUCCAGCCACAGAGCUCUGGGUCCCACCCAGUCCAGGUCCCACCAUGGACUCUGAGUACGAGAUGGGCCACAUUCGCAAGCUGCAGGCACAGCACAUGCGGAUGCAGGAGAAAACCUUCACCAACUGGAUCAACAACAUCUUCCAGCACGGCCGGGUGGGCAUCAAGAUCCAGAACCUGUACACAGAGCUGGCCGAUGGCACCCAUCUACUGCGGCUGCUGGAGCUCAUCUCGGGGGAGGCCCUGCCACCCCCCAGCCGGGGCCACAUGCGUGUGCACUUCCUGGAGAACAACAGCCGAGCUCUGGCCUUCCUCAGGACCAAGGUGCCAAUACCCCUCAUUGGGCCAGAGAACAUCGUGGACGGGGACCGGACACUCCUUCUGGGACUCAUCUGGGUCAUCAUUCUGCGUUUCCAGAUUUCUCACAUCUCCUUAGACAGGGAGGAGUUUGGGGCCAGUGCAGCCCUGCUAUCUGCCAAAGAAGCUCUGCUAGUCUGGUGCCAGCGAAAGACGGCCGGCUACUCCAACGUGGACAUCACCGACUUCUCCCGCAGCUGGAGUGACGGGCUGGGCUUUAAUGCCCUCAUCCACGCCCACAGGCCAGACCUGCUGGACUAUGGCUUCCUGAGUCCAGACCGCCCACUGCACAACCUGGCCUUUGCUUUCUACACGGCUGAGCAGGAGCUGGGCAUUGCUCAGCUGCUGGACCCCGAGGACGUGGCAGCCCUACAGCCAGACGAGCGCUCCAUCAUGACCUAUGUCUCUCUCUACUACCACUGCUUCUCCCGCCUGCACCAGGGCCAGACGGUGCAGAGAAGACUCGCUAAGAUCCUGCUUCAGCUCCAGGAGACAGAGGCGCUGCAGACCCAGUACGAGCAGCUGGUGGCCGACCUGCUACUCUGGAUUGCACAGAAGCAGGUGCAGCUGGAGGCACGGGAUUUCCCAGACUCGCUGCCCACCAUGCGCCAGCUACUAGUGGCCUUUGCCUCCUUCCGCACCCAGGAGAAGCCGCCUCGGCUACAGCAGCGAGGGGCCACGGAGGCCCUGCUCUUCCGGCUCCAGACACUGCUCCGAGCCCAGAACCGCAAACCUUUCCUGCCUCAUGAAGGCCUGGGCCCUGCAGAGCUGUCCCAGCGCUGGGCAGGACUGGAGCGGGCAGAGGCUGCACGGAGCCUAGCCCUGCAGCAGAAGCUGCUGCAGCUGGAGCGGCUGGAAACUCUGGCCCGGUGCUUCCAGCGCAAGGCGGCCCUCCGAGAGAGCUUCCUAAAGGACAUGGAGCAAGUGCUGGACAGGGACAGAGCCCCACCAGUCAGCCCAGCCUCGGUGGAGGUGGCCACCCAGAGGCUGGGCAUGCUGGAGGCUGGCAUUCUGCCCCACGAGGGGCGCUUUCAGGCCCUGGCUGAGAUCGCAGACAUCCUCCAGCAGGAGCAGUACCACAGCUGUGCAGAUGUGGCCCACAGGCAGGAGGAGAUUACCCGGCGCUGGCAGAGGCUCCUUCAGCGUCUACAGGGGCACAGGAAGCAGAUGGCAGGCAUAGAGGCUGUGGUGAGUCUGCUGCAGGAGGUAGAGGCUGCCUCCAACCAGCUCCAGGAGCUACAGGUGCCUGCUAGCUCCACAGCCUGCGGGCAGCAGAUAACAGAGGUACUGGAGUUGCUGCAGCGGCAUGACUUGCUGGAGGCCCAGGUCUCAGCCCACGGAGCCCACGUGAGCCAUCUUGUCCACCAGACCACAGAGCUGGACUCCUCCCUGGGCACCAGUGUGGAGACACUGCAGGUCAAGGCCAGAGCACUGGCCCAGCUCCACCAGAGCGUGGUGUCUCUUGUCAGGGCCCGGCGGGCCCUGCUGGAACGGACCCUGCAGCAGGCAGAGUUCUUGCACAACUGUGAGGAGGAGGACGCCUGGUUGAGGGAGCGCAGUCAGCUGGUGGAGGAUGCGGCCCUGGGCCGGGAUCUCAGCCAGAUCGCAGACGCCCUGCGGAAACACAAGGCCCUGGAAGCCGAGCUCCACCGCCACCAGGCCGUGUGCUCGGAUCUGGUGCUGAAGGGGCUCGAUCUGAGCGCCCGCGGGCCCCCGACGCAGCCGGAUCCCCGGGAGCGGGCGGAGGCGGUGCAGAGCGCGUGGCAGCUGCUCCGGACCCGGGCAGCGGGGCGCGGCGUGCGGCUGCAGACGGCCUUGCUCGUCCAGCAGUACUUCGCAGAUGCGGCGGAUGCGGCCUCGUGGCUGCACGAGCGGCGGCCCCCGCUGGAGAGCGCGUCCUGUGGGGAGGACCAGGCGGCCUCCGAGGCCCUGCUACUGCGCCACCUGCGUCUGGAGCGCGCCCUGCGGGCCUUUGCGGCCGAGCUGCUGCGAUUGGACGAGCAGGCGCGGGCGGCAGCGGCCCGGGCGUCGCUCACGGUGGUGUCUGCCAAAAGCCCAAAGAACCCAGGUGUCUGGAGUGAGGUUUCUUGCUACUCUGUCCCUGGAGACACCUCAAAGUUGGCCCUCCAGGAUAAGCCUGAUCUUGACUUUGACCCCAACACCAUACUUCAGACGCAGGACCGCUUGAGCCAGGACUAUGAGGGCCUGCAGGCCCUGGCAGAGCUCCGCAGGGCCCGGUUGGAGGAGGCGGUGGCCCUAUUUGGCUUCUACAGCUCCUGUGGGGAGCUUCAGUCAUGGCUGGAGGAGCAGAUGGUGCUGUUCCAAACGCUGCAGCCCCAGGCCCACAACUUGGAGGUCACACAGCUCCAGUAUGAGAAUGGCCUCACUGCCCUGGCUGUGGGACAGGGCCGCUGGGCAGAGGUCAGCCGCUUCGCCGAGCAACUGAAGCAGAGAUGUCCUGAGGACUCCACGAAAAUCCAGCAGCAGCAGGAGGAACUGAGCUGGAGGUGGGGACAGCUGGAGACCCUGAAGAAGGAGAAGGCCCUGCAGCUGGCAUGCAGUACAGAAGUGUUCAGUUCUCUGCAGGGGUGUGGAUCCAUACAGGUCCAGCUGCAAGAUGUGAUGCUCCAGCUGGAGGCCCUGGAGCCAGGGAGCUCAAAGGACAGCCACCGCACCCUGCAUCUGGCCCAACAGAAGAUCCUGGUACUGGAGAGGAGGAUCCACUGCCUCCAGAGGGUGGCCAUAAAUGUCAAGGAAUCAGACCCCACAGAGAGCCAGCUCCUACAAGCACAGGUGGAGGCGCUGCAGGGGCUGCUGAAGCAAGCACAGGGGCAAGUGGCCCAACAGGCCCAGGCCCAGGCUGAGGCUCGGGCCAGGCAGAGCUUCCUGCAGGAGAGCCAGCAACUACUGCUGUGGGCGGAGGGCGUCCAGGCUCAGCUGCGCAGCAAGGAGGCGCAGGUGGACGUGGCCUCAGCCCAGAGGCUGCUGCAAGAGCACCAAGACCUGCUGGAGGAGAUCCACCUACAGCAGGAGAGGAUGCAGCAGCUGGGGGUUCAGGGCCAGCCCAUGGCAGCCUUGGACUCCCCAGGCUCCCAAGAGGUGGCCAGUGCUGUGAGGCUUCUGGGCCAGCAAGGCCGGGAGCUGAAGGCUGCAUGGGAGCAGAGACAGCAGCAGCUGCAGGAGGGGCUGGAGCUGCAGAGGUUUGGCCAAGAAGUGGAUGGUUUCACUGCCACCUGUGCCAACCAUGAGGCCUUCCUACACCUGGACCACCUUGGGGAGGACGUGAUGGAGGCCCAGAGCCUGCUGCAGCAGCACCAGGAGUUUGGGCGGCUCCUGGGCACCCUGGACACUCGGGCUGAGGCUCUGCAGGCACAUGGCGAGAAGCUGGUUCAGAGCCAACACCCUGCUGCACACAAGGUCAGAGAGCAGCUGCAGAGUGUCCAGAUGCAAUGGGCACGGGUCCAGGAGAGGAGCAAGCAGAGGAGGAGGCAGCUGUUGGCUUCCCUCCAGCUCCAGGAAUGGAAGCAGGACGUGGCGGGGCUGAUGCUGUGGAUGGAGGAGAAGGGUCUGAUGGUGGCAGAUGAGUCCUCCCGAGCACCCAGCAACAUCCUGCAGAAGCUCAAGAGGCAUGAAGCAGCCAAGAGCGAGCUGCUGGCCACCCGUGGGCAUGUGGAGGGCCUGCAGCAGGUUGGGAGAGAGCUGUUGAGCAGCAGGCCCCCUGCCCGGGAGGACAUACAGGCCAGGCUUCAGGGCCUGAGUAGCAAGUGGGAAGAGUUGAACCACCAGAUGGCAGAGCGUGGGAACAAGCUCUGGCAGGCUAGACAGCAGGAGCAGCUCCUGGGGCUGAUGCAGGAUGCCAAGCAGAAGAUGGAGCAGCUAGAGGGGGCCCUGCACAGUGCAGAAAUGGGGCAGGACCUACGCUCGAGCCAGGGGCUGCAGAAACAGCAUCGCCAACUGGAGAGUGAGAGUGAAGCCCUGGCCGGCCAGAUGGGUGCCCUUGCCUUACAAGCCCACCGCAUAGCCAAUUCCCAGAUCAUCCUGGAGGGGACCCAGAAACUCCUCCAGAGGUUUGAGGCCCUGCAGGGACAUCUGGCCACCCGGCGCCUGCAACUACAGGCCUCUGUUGAGCUGUACCAGUUCUACCACCUGAGCAGCAUGGAGCUUCUGUGGGUGGCCGAGCACAUGCCCAGUACCAGCCACACCAACUACGCCAUGUGCAUGGAUGGUGCCCAGAGCCUUCGUCACAAGCACAAGGAGCUCCAGGCUGAGCUGAAAGCUCACCAGGGACAGGUGCAACAGGUGCUGGGUUCUGGAUGGAGCCUUGCAGCCUCAGGGCACCCCCAAGCCCAGCACAUUGUGGAGCAGUGCCAGAAGUUAGAAGGCCGCUGGGCAGAGCUGGAGCAGGCGGGUGAGACACAGGCCCGGCACCUGCAGCAGGCCAUGGCUCUCCAGCAGUACUUUCUGGAUGUGUCAGAGCUGGAGGGCUGGGUGGAGGAGAAGUGGCUGCUGGUGAGUAGUCAGGACCACGGCAGAGAUGAGGCAGCCACCUUCAGGCUCAUUAAGAAGCAUCAGGCUCUGCAGCAAGAACUAGCUAUUUAUUGGAACUCCAUGGAGGAGCUUGACCAGAGGGCCCAAGCCCUCACUGGCCCCAAGGCCCCUGAGCAGCUGGGUGUGGUGCAGGAGAGGCUCCGGAAGCAAUUGCAUGCUCUGCAGGACUUGGCAGCCACACGGGCCCGGGAGCUGGAGGGGACCCUGAAGCUGCAGGAGUUCAUGAGGGAGGCCAAGGACCUGCAGAGCUGGCUGGCUAGCCAGAUACAGGUGGCCAGAGGAGGAGAGAGCCUCGGAGAGGAUGGCGAGCAUGUCCUGCACCUCUGUGCCAAGUUUGCCAAGUUUCAGCGCCAAGUGGAGAUGGGUGGCCACCGGGUGGCAGCCUGCCAGCAGCUGGCGGAGAGCCUGAUGGAGUGUGGGCACAGCGCUGCCUCCGAGGCCCAUCAGACGCAGCAGGAUCUGCAGACUGCCUGGUCGGAGCUUUGGGAACUGACCCAGGCCCGAGGCCGCCUGCUCCGAGAUGCCAAAACCACCCUCGAAGUUCACAGAGACCUGUUGGAAGCCCUCACCCUGGUCCAGGAGAAAGCCACUAGCCUCCCUACUGAUGUGGUCCAGGACCUGCAUGGGGUGGAGGCCCAGCUAAGGAGACACAAGGGGCUGGAGUGUGAACUUGUGGGCAUGGAGCGGCAGCUGCAGGAACUGCUGGAGACUGGAGGCAGAGUGCAGAAGCUGUAUCCAGGGCCUCAGGCCAAUGCCGUGCAGCAGAGGCAGCAGGCUGUGAUGCAAGCCUGGGAGGCCUUGCGGCUGCGUGUGGAGCAGCACAGGGCCCAGCUGGAGCGGGCAUGCCUCCUGGCCCGCUUCCACACAGCGGUACAAGACUAUGCCUCCUGGGCAGCCAGUGUGCGGCGGGAAAUGCAGGUAGAGGAGAGCUGCCAGGAGCCCGGCAGUGGCCCGCUAAAGCUCAGUGCCCACCAGCAGCUUCGGGCGGAGCUGGAGGCCCGGGAGGAGCUGCAGCAGCGGGCCAUCCAGCUGGGCCAGCAGGCACUUCUGGCUGCAGGGACACCAACCAAGGAGGUCCAAGAAGGGAUGCGAGCCCUGCAGGAUGAGAGGGACCAGGUGUUCCAGGCCUGGGAGAGGAAGCAAGAGAAGCUGCAGGCUGCACAGCGGGAACAGCGCUUCCUCAGAGAGUGUGGCCACCUGGAUAAGAUCUUCACGGCCCAGGAGGUCUCCCUGAAAACCAGUGCCCUGGGGUGCUCAGUGGAAGAGGUGGAGCAGCUGAUCCGCAAGCAUGAGGACUUCCAGAAGGUGCUGACAUCCCAGGACAAGAAGGAGGUGGCUCUGCGUGAGCAGCUGCAGACACUCCAGGGCCCCAGGCUGCAGGACUUGCUUCACACAGUGCUGGAGCAUCGGGCUCGAGUGAAGCAGCUGGCAGAGAGCCGGGGACACGCCCUGCACACCGCCCUGCUGGUGGCCAGCUUCACCAGGGCCGCGACCCAGGCUGAGGACUGGAUCCAGGAGCGGGUCCAGCAGCUGAAAGAGCCCAUCUCUCCCGGGGACUUGAAAGAUACGUUGAAGCACCUGCACAAACACCAGGACUUUGAGGCUGAGGUCCAGGCCCAUGAGGAGGUCGUGACCUCUGUUGCCAAGAAAGGUGAGACCCUCCUGGCACAGAGCAACCCUGGGAGAGGAGAGGUCUCCCAGACGUUGCAGGCACUGCAGACGCACUGGGAGAAACUGAAGCAGGCGGUGGCGCUCCGGGGCCAGGACCUGGAAGACAAGCUGAACUUCCUGGAGUUCCUGCAGAGGGUGGACCUCGCAGAGGCCUGGAUCCAGGAGAAGGAGGUGACAGUGAAUGUCAGCAACUUGGGCCAGGAUCUCCAGCACUGCCUGCGGGUCUGCAGCUGGCUCCGUGAGUUCCAAGGAGCCUUGGCCAGGGACAUGGCAGCAGGUGAUGCCCACGUUAGGAUCAUCAAUGACUUGUCACUACAGCUCAAGAACCGGGAUCCUGAGGAAGUCAAGAUCAUCUGCCAGCGGCGAAGCCAGCUUAACACCAGGUGGAUGAGUUUCCAUAGCAACCUGCUCCGGUACCAGCAGCAGCUCGAAGGGGCCCUGGAGAUACACACAUUGUCCCGAGAGCUAGACAAUGUCACUGAGUGGAUUGGGGAGAAGGCUGCCCUGAUCCAGGCCCUGAACUACAGGAAAGAUCUGGAGAGCGUGCAGAGGCUGCUGUGGAGACACGAGGAGCUGGCACAGGAAAUGCGCCUCAUCCAGGCCCAGGUGGAGUCUUUGGAGCGUAAGGUGGGCCACCUCUGCCAGAGAAGCCCUGGGGCAACCCACAGCCUCAGUCGCAAGCAGCAAGAGAUGAUGGACAGCUGGUGGCAACUCCAGAGCAGGGCCCGAAAGCGGAGGGCGUCGCUGGAUGCCUUGCACCAAGCUCAGAAACUCCAGGCAAUGCUGCAGGAAUUGCUGGUCUGGGCACGGAGGCUACGGGCUGAGAUGGACAUGCGAAGGGCUCCCAGCAGCCCUGCGGAAGCGCAGCAUAUGUUAGAAGAGCACCAGGAGCGCAAGGCUGAGCUGGACUCCCGGACAGACAGCAUCAGCCUGGCCCGAAGCACUGGGCAGCAGCUGCUUGAAGCUGGGCACCCAUCCACCCCCGCCAUUCGCCAGGCCCUGGUCGGUUUAGAACAGGAGCUGAGCAGCCUGGAAGGGGCCUGGCAGCAGCACCAGCUGCAGCUGCAGCAGGCCCUGGAGCUACAGCUGUUUCUGAGCUCUGUGGAGAAGAUAGAACGUUGGCUCUGCAGCAAGGAAGUCUCCCCAGCCAGUGAGGGUCUCGGGGACCCCUUGGCCAAUGUGGAGACCCUCCUUCAGAAGCACAAGAUGUUUGAGCAGGACCUGAAGGCACAGGCAGAAAAGAUCAGCACGCUGGAGGCCACAGCCCACAACCUGCACCAGGGUGGACACCCCGAGGCCCUGAGCGCCCUGGACAGGUGCCAGGCCGUGCUGCUGAGGAAAGAGGCCCUCCUGGAGCGAGCCAGGGCCCAUCGUCAUCAGUUGGAGGAGCUCCAGCAGCUGAAGACUUUCCUGCAGGAUUCCUAUGAGAUGGUUUUGUGGCUGAGGGAGAAGAACCAGGUGGCCUUGGAGGAGGGUUGGAGGGACCCAACCAUGCUGCAGGCCCAGUUGCAGAAGCAGCAGAAUUUCCAGGCUGAGCUGGACAUGAGCAUGCACCAACAACAAGAGCUGCAGACGGAGGGACAGAAACUGCUGCAGGGGAGCCACCUGGCCUCAGAGGCCAUCCAGGAGCGGCUGCAGGAGCUGGAAGAGCUCUGGGGUGAGCUACAGGCCAACUGCCAGAGAAAGGUGGCCAAGCUACAAGAGGCCUGCGAGGCCCUGUGUCUACGGCGGAGCAUGGAAGAACUGGAGAGCUGGCUGGAGCCUGUGGAGGUGGAGCUGAGAGCCUAUGGCAGGGGCCAGGACCUGCUUGUGGUGGGCGAGCUCCUAGGGGCACAGAAGGAGCUGGAGGCAGCAGUGGACAGGCAGGCCAGGCAGGCGCAGGCCCUGUUGGGUCAGGCCCAGGCCUUGGUACAGAAAGGCCACUGCCUCAUCCAAGACACAGAAGAGCAGGCCCAGCAGUUGCUCCGGAGGUUCGACAGCCUGCGGGAGCCCCUGCAGGAGCGUAGGGCAGCCCUGGAGGCCCAGAGCCUCCUCUUGCAGUUCUUCAGGGACGUCGAUGAGGAAAUGGCUUGGGUGCAGGAGAAGAUGCCCCUGGCCACCACCCAGGACUACGGCCAGAGCCUGAGUGCUGUGCAGCAUCUGCAGGAGAAGCACCAGAACUUGGAGAGUGAAAUGAGCAGCCACGAGUCUCUGACCCGGGCAGUGGUGGGCACCGGGCAUAAGCUGGUGCAGGCUGGGCACUUUGCCACCCAUGAGGUGGCCGCCCGGGUGCAGCAGCUGGAGAAGGCCAUGGACCACCUGCGGACAGAGGCAGCAAGGAGGAGACUGCUGCUGCAGCAGGCUUGGGAGGCCCAGCAGUUUCUGACGGAGCUCCUAGAGGCAGGAUCCUGGCUGUCCGAACGGGGCUGUGUCCUGGACAGCGAGGACAUGGGCCAGAAUGCCGAGGCCACACAGGCCCUUCUGCGGCGGCUGGAAGCCAUCAGGAGAGAUCUGGAGGGAUUCAGCCCACGCAUGGAACAGCUGCACCAGACAGCAACACUCCUGGAGGGCAGGCAGAACCCAGAAAGCCGCAAGGUGCUAGCUCGGCUGCAGGCAGUGAGGCACGCCCAUAUGGAGCUGCUGCGGAGGGCAGAGGGCAGGGGACAAGGCCUGCAGGAACAGCUGCAGCUGCACCAACUGGAGCAGGAGACCCUACUCCUUGACGCCUGGCUGACCACCAAGGUGACCACUGCCGAGUCUCAGGACUAUGGGCAGGACCUGGAAGGCGUUAAGGUGCUGGAAGAGAAGUUUGAUGCUUUCAGAAAGGAAGUCCUGAGCUUGGGGCAGGCCAAGAUGAAGGCCCUGAGGGAGAUGGCAGGUGCCCUGGAACGAGGAGCUCCCAGGUGCUACCCCCAGAUUCAAGCCCAGAAGAGCCGUAUGGAGGCCACUUGGGAGAGGCUGGACAAGGCAAUAAAAGCCCGCACAGAGAACCUGGCCACAGCCCACAAGGUCCGCAGCUUGGAACAGGUGGCAGCUGAGCUCCGGGACUGGAUGCAGGAGAAAACCACUCUCGUGGAGGGAGACGACCGUGGCCACAGCCUGUCAUCCAUGCAGACCCUGCAGCAACAGCAUAAGCGGCUGGGGAAGGAACUAGCAGCUAUGGAGAAGAAGGUGGCACGGGUGCAGAUGGAGGCCUGCCAGCUGGGCCAGCUACACCCUGCAGCUCAGGAGAGCCUGGCUGAGUGGCUGGCCAAGGUGCAGGAAGCCUGGGCCACCCUGGAGGCAAAGGCCCAGGAGCGGGGCCAGUGGCUGGUACAGGCUGCCCAGGGCCACGCCUUCCUCAGGCGCUGUCGAGAACUGCUAGCAUGGGCUCAGGACAGGCAGGCACUGGUGUCCUCAGAGGAGCUGGCUGGGGACAUGGUAGAGGCUGAGCGGCUCCUUGAACAGCAUGAGGAGCUCGGGCAAGAACUCAAGGAACACUGCCUUCAAGCCCAGCACAUACUGCAGGAAGGGCAGCAGCUGGUGGACAGCAGCCACUUCAUGUCCCCAGAGGUGACAGAGUGUCUGCAGGAGUUGGAAAGGCAGUUGCGGGCACUCCAGGAGGCCUGGGUCCUGCGCCAGCAGCACUGUGAAGAGAGCUGGGGCCUGCAGAAGCUCCGGCAGGGGCUGAAGCAGGCCGAGGCCUGGCUGGCCUCCCGAGAAGGCCUCCUGCUGGAGCCCAACUGUGGGCACUCGGUAUCAGAUGUAGAGCUGCUACUCCGCAGACACCAGGACUUAGAAAAGCUGCUGGCAACCCAGGAAGAGAAGUUUGCCCAACUACAAAAGACGACAGAGAUGGAGCAGAAGCUGCUGCAGAAGGUGCAGGGGCUGAAACCCGGAAGAGUUGGCAGCCUGACAUCCUUCCAGCAGAGGCCCUCCAGACGCUGGGGGCCAGGAGUGCAGCUGGCUGAGACGAGGGACUUGCAGCCAGGUGAUGCAAAGGGUACCCCUGCCAUGGAGGGGUCUUUGGAGCUUAAGCAGCAGCUUCUGCCUGGGGGGAGGCAGCCCAGCUCAAGCUCCUGGGACAGCUGCUAUGGGACCAUCAGGGGCAGGUCCCUGAGCCUGUUCUCAGAUGAGAGGAUGGCAGCAGAGAAAGUGGCUUCCAUGGCCCUCCUUGACCUCAUGGGAGCCCAGUGUGAGAUGCUGAGGGACUGUCAUGGCAGGAGACACACUUUCUCCUUAAGGCUGAGCAGUGGGGCAGAGAUCCUGUUUGCAGCACCGUCUGAAGAGCAGGCUGAGAGCUGGUGGCGAGCCCUGGGCAGAGCAGCAGCACAGAGUCUGAGCCCAGAACUCAAAGCCAGACCUGUUGGCUUCCUGGCUGAGAGCGCUGGAGAAAGGUUGUCCAGCACAGCUGCUCUGCCCAGGUCUGGACCUUGAAGUGAACCCCAAGGCAACACUAAACCUCAGAGCUACAAGCAAGAACACACAGUAGGGGACCAGAAUGAGACUCAGCUACAGGCAUGAGGGUAUCUCUCUCCUGGCUGCUCAGUCCUAGGCUCUGCCCAAAGCCAGGCCAGGUCCCUCAAGACCAGCUUCUGGAAUAGAUAGUUCCUUAUUAGAAGAUAGGCCCCACCAAGGUCACAGCCAGAUGAAGUUACACUGUUGCUGCUGGUCCCAGGUCUGGCCGCCCUUACUGCAUGGCGAGAAAUAGCCAUUUGACUAAUCCUUGGCCUCACCCUGAGGUCUCUGCCUGGGUGAAGGGGACAGAUGUUAGAAAAGGUGGACAAAGCUAGGACUACAGCAGCAGAGGCCCCACCCCAUCCCCAGGCCAAACUGUUCUCCUCCCUGCUUGGAAAGGGUGGCCAUGAGCACCAGCAGACAUGAGCAGAUGCCCUGCUUUUCAGGGGAAGCUCACACUGAUGAGCUACCUCUGAUAGGUGGGGGAGACUUUUUUUUAACCAGUCCUUGCAUGUAUAUCCAAGAGUCUGGAAUGACAUGCCCCCUCUCAGUGGUAAUGACAGAUAAUCUCAGAUAAUGCAUUACAGAGAUUCAAACAAA